GGAGAUAUGCGCGCGGGAACGCGCGAUUACGCCCGUUUCGCAACUUACCGUUUGCAAGAUUACGGUGCGGCAUAGCGGCUUUCCGGUCACGCGCGCACACUUUAUUGCCGCUACGAUGUAUCGGCGCAACGCAUAAACCUGGUGUUAUUUUGUAACACGUCGCCCAUCAGAUCGUGCGGGAAGCUAAAUGUGAAGGACCAUGGUUUUUCAUCGGCAUUGAUGAUAACUAUGCAAUGAUUGAUGCGAGUCUGAACGUUACAUGCUACGAGAUGGAGAGGUACCUGAAGGACGAGCCGAAGCUGCAAUCGUACAAAAAACUCCCCACAGAACUGGACACAGCGCCCUGGAACCUCUUCAGGGCGCCAUCGAUCACGUGGACAACGUCCACCGGAACGAGCGCACAAUUCGACGCCCCAAUCAAAAUGGAGGUGACGACGUCGUCAGACGAGAGGGAUCCCCUUUGUUUGGACGACAUCAAAUUCAGUCCCGGCGAUCAUAAUGAUAAUGGUCGCGAUAGGGAUCUCCUCGACCGUCACCUCGAUACCUUGUCGAUGUCCUCGGCAAGUUCGGCGUGUUCGGCGCUGUCUUGGGACAGCUCACCAUCCCUUUCCUGCACGGCACUCAUUCUCAAAAAGGAACCAAGCGAGGAUCUUGAAGAGGAUGAGGAACAUGAAGAGAUCGAGGAGGAAGAAGAUAGUGGGUGCGAAAGCGAAGGUCAAAUUCUUACGCCACCGUCGAGUCCUGGGUCGGGUCAAGGUCAUUCCAACUCCAGUCACUCGUCGAGCGGGAGUUCAACGCUCGACGUGCACAACCUCAACCUUCACGGCACAGGCGGCAGGAGCGCCAUUGUCAGGGUUACCACUGGCAAUGUGCAAGGUGUCGCAAGACUGAUCUCCGUCACGGCGAACGGCUUCCCCGCGGUCGCCAGCACGCAACACGCACACGCGGGCGCACCUGCGGCCGGGAACACCGUGGCCAACAGGCACCACGCGAGGAGCAACGAGCACAGUCCGCCCGACACGAAGCGCAGAAUACACAAAUGCCAAUUCCCCGGAUGCAAGAAGGUGUACACCAAGAGCUCGCAUCUCAAAGCCCAUCAAAGGACGCACACGGGAGAGAAACCGUAUAAAUGCAGCUGGGAGGGCUGCGAGUGGCGAUUCGCGCGUUCGGACGAGUUGACGCGUCAUUACCGCAAGCACACCGGCGCGAAGCCGUUCAAGUGCAGGCAUUGCGAACGAUGCUUCUCCCGCAGCGACCAUCUAGCUCUCCACAUGAAGAGACACGUGUAAUCAAUCGUCUCCGUGGACGGUCCCAGUCGCGCGUCACACUCCGCGAUCGGGACCGCCGGGAUUCUUUCCUCGUGAAGAUCGCGGGGACAUCUGCGCGGAGGGUUCACGCGAUCUAACAUCUUUACGGAUCGCCUGACAGCAUGCCGCAAGUGAAAAGAAAUCGACCAUCGAAUGUCCACACUUGAUAAACGAAUAUCAACGCGAAUUCUACGGGAGCGGCUGUAAUCAGGUGAUUGCAACGAGACGCUAGACUUCCGUUAUUAACGGAAACUCGUCGUCAAAGAUCGCUGUGGAAGGAGAUCGAUGAAUAGCGAAACGCCGUCUGAAGGCGAUCGAAGAUUAAAUUCGCGUUUAAAACAAUCUGUGAAGACGAAACGAAAGGAAGCUCGACAAAUCAUCGAAUGACGUGAUAAGCUAAAGAAAAGCACUUUGUCAAAAUCCCCAAAAAAUUACACAUUUGAAAUGAUGUAUAUUUCUUCGAAAUUGCGAAAGGUGCAAAAAUUAGAAGAGUGAUCAGCGACGUUCGUCUUUGAGGAGCUGAGAAAGCGCGAAAAGAUCUUCGAUCCCGCUAAGUCGUGCGAGUUUGAGGAGGCGGAAACAUUGACGGUCAGUAAUGGUCCAGCAGCGAGACUGCAGCCGGUGUAAAGUAGAGAGAAGCCUCCGGGUAAAGGGAGCAUAAACGAAAAAGUCGCCCGAGAAGUCUCGCACGAGAAACGUCAAUCACUGCCAAUUCGUUACAUUCUAAGAUCAGCGCUACCGUCGAAGAUUUCAAGCUGCGACUUCGCAACCGGAGGUCUUCGCAAACGAGAAGCUGACCGGAGAAAGCCUAAAGUUUUCGCCGAUCCUCAAAUCGUCGUCGUAGCGCGCGUAGCUGGUACUCGUUCGCGAUUGAAUUGUAACAUCGAAAAUGCGCUUCUACGCUGUUACCACAAAUCGGUUCACCUUUUCCAAAACGGUCGAGGGUCGACGGUCGUGUCGCGUUCACCGCGUCGAGAUACGCUGGGUGUCGCGAGCGGCGUCGCGCGCACGCUAAAAACUAGAGAGACAAAAAAUGUAGAUUUCGCGAGGACAAUAAUGCAGACUGUCGGUGCCAAACGUUAUUUCCUUUCUCUUGCUUUUCCUCGGGAGUUCCGCGGGGCCACUCGCGGCUAAAAAUCACACGCGCGGCACUCACGGACCCACCCGGCGAAUCUCUCGACGCGUCCGGACUCGCGCUCUCACGCAGCGGGAGAGUCGGAACGCGACGCGUGGUAAUUGAAUACGUGAUUUCGACCAGUUUUGACGGCAACGAGAUUUGCCGCGCCGACUGCUAAUCCCGAAUUUACAGUGCGAAUUACAACGCGGGUCGCCGCCGACUCUGCCGCGCUUCUUAUGCAUAGUCCGAUCGCAAAGAAGCUUUACAGACGCGCGAGAUCCGAUCGCGUUUUGCUUCGCUACUUAGAACUGAUUUUUAUUCAAUGCCAAUUCGCACUCCGGCUUUCAGAUAAUUAUUACUCGAUCGUUAUGGUUAACACUGCGCUUUAUUUAUCUUUACGAAAGUUUUUUCCGAACUUUGCAUGCUUGUGGAAAGUGUAGACGGCUUUUUCCCCUCGCGAUCUGCUUCGGCUGCAGCGUGACUCGGAAUGUGUGCGAGUAAGGGAGUCGUUUGUCGAGACGAUCAUCACGAAAAACUCAACAGAAUACAAAUAAUAUAAAUAUAUUUUUUAAUAUUCUCGUCAUGUGCGCUCAUUGAAACAAUGUAGAUAAGGAAAUAUAUACGGGCAAUAUAAUUCACAUAAGACUUUCGUGCACUUUUCACGCAGUCGAGCGUUUCGCGGACGAUACCCUGCCUUGCACAUAACCGACGGCGGAUGGCCGACUUUUUAUCAUAUUUGUAUCCGCGAACGCGUUGAUCAACAGCGUACGAUCAUCGGCGGGAGAUUGUCUCCUCGCUUAUCAUCGAUCCUGAUAUUACGAUAUUUAAGGUAUCGCGCGCAACAGGGCAACAAAGUAUUCCAGCAACGAUAUCGAGAAAAAAAAGUACGAAAGAAAUCGAGACCGUUGCAGCGCGUUAUUCAUCAAAACGAGGUAAGAAGGUAAAAAAACUUCGAGAAGACUAACUUUACCUGACGUAAGAGGCGAAAUAGCCAAGGAGACGAGGAAUGAAAAUAACUAAAUUUUAAAUGUUCAGUGGCCAAAUAAAUUAAUUGAUACGCACGUAGAACCUAAAGAUACCGUACCUACUGUGCCCGGCCGGCGAAGGGUCGGGGCGACAGUUCGUGCGAUUGCAUGCGUGUGCGGCUGUGUUUUACGUAUGCGUGGGGCGUCGAUGCGUGCGUGUAUACGUACUUGGGUGUCUGUGUGUGUGCGUGUAUGCAUUUUUUUCCACGAAUAUAUUCCAAACCUGGUAUAGGUCGGGAAUCCAAGGGAGGAGACGAGCGGAACACUGAGUUUGUAUAUUGUGCAAUUUUUUCAAUGUUUCAUUAUUUGUUACCAUGUUCACGAUUAAUUACGAAUAAAUAAAUAUAUAUAUGUAGCAUUUACAAUCUUAGGAUAUAACGGCCAUGAAGCCAAACGUCUUUUUGAUAGCCAUAUUCGGAUACCGUGGUCGUCGUCGCGUUCGCGACAUCCCCUCCCCACCCCCACCCCCGACAUCUUCUUUUUUCCGACGGGCGAGAUGUAAUUAAAAGUACGCGUAGUACAAGAGAAGAAGGAAUGACCGCGCGAAAGAUCCCGUCUCUGAUCUCGACGGCCUCUCGUUAAAUUUUAUGCCGGCCGCCGGAACGAAAGUAACUGUGGAGAAUAAUGGUCGCUACUACGAUCCUUGUUAGAGUCAGAGUCCACCACGCAGGUAUAAUUCGCUCUCGUGCAUCUCUACACUAGUUUGUAUUUAGGCGUGUAGUGAUGGAACUGGGGGUGACGAGUUUCGAUAUCGCAGAAGGGUCUGUUCUGUUUCGGCAAAACAGUCCUUGUCGUCAGGACGACAAACGUUUCCGGCAUUUCUAAUUGAGGCGAUCAACGAGCUCUGUAGAUAUAUAUCGUUAAGCGAAACGACGCGAGCACGUUGUCUUGACACGGGAUCGGUGGAUGACAAUUCGCGUGCAAUUCGCGAAUUGAUUGAGAAACCGGAAGAGAAAGCGUGGAUACUUUGAAUAAAAAAAAAAUAGCUAGACGUUUAGAUAGGUAGAUGGAUAGCUAAAUCGUUAGAUAGGCACUUAGAUAGACAGACAAAUAGAUCGGCGAACGGAGAAUAGAGCGUGUGCGCCCAAGAGUGCUUGAAACAUAGAGAGAGAGAAUUUUAUGCACAUAUAUAUAUAUAUAUAUAUAUAUAUAAAUAAAUAAAAAAGUAUAUAUAU